UCUUGGUCUUCAUCUCGUACUGUUGUCCUCCUCAACGUUUGUAGCUUCUAUUUAACGCUCAACACCGUACGUAGUACUAGCAGACAACCGUAGUGAUCCUGCCUCACUGCCGAUCGAAAGAGAUCGAGAUGGCGGCCGAGAUGAGCAGAGAGGAGCGGUGGAGCCUCGCCGGCACGACGGCGCUCGUCACCGGCGGGAGCAAAGGGAUCGGGUACGCCAUAGUCGAGGAGCUCGCCGGGUUCGGGGCGCGGGUGCACACCCGCUCCCGGAACGCGGCCGAGCUGGAGGACAGCCGCCGGCGGUGGGAGGAGAAGGGUUUGCGAGUCACCGUCUCCGUCUGCGACGUCUCCGUGCGCGCCGACAGGGAGAAGCUCAUGGAGACGAUCAAGGAAACCUUCGACGGCAAGCUCGAUAUACUCGUAAACAACGCGGGGCAACUGUUCGUCAAGGCGGCCGCGGAGAGCACGGCGGACGAGUACUCGCAUCUGAUGGCCACUAAUCUGGAGUCGUUCUUCCACCUCAGCCAGCUCGCCAGGCCUCUUCUGCUUAACUCCUCCGUUGCAGGAGGAGGCAGCAUCGUCAACAUGUCCUCCAUUGGAGGCACGAUCAGCUAUGCAGGCGCCGCGAUCUAUAAUGUCACGAAAGGAGCGAUAAACCAGCUUACAAGGAGCCUUGCUACCGAGUGGGCACCGGACAUGAUCCGUGUGAAUGGUGUCGCACCAGGCUUCGUCACGACUGAUCUGAUCAAAGAUGUAAGCGCACACACAACUACAGAUCAACUAGCGGAUGAGCACUCGAAGACGCCGAUGAGACGAAGCGGCAAGCCGAUGGAGAUUGCCGCGGCGGUGUCGUUUCUGUGCUUGCCAGCCGCCUCCUUCAUCACCGGCCAGGUUAUUUGCGUCGAUGGUGGCCGAACCAUUAGUGCUUAGAUGAUGACGCUGCUGCUGCUCGAGAUGAAAUGGAGAGAAUAAAUUUGAGAAGAGAGUAUUUGUAUGUCUGCAAAAUUGUGUAAUUGAUCAUCCUGUGUAAUUCGAGGCUUUUAGCUCUGGAUAUCAUAUGUUAGACGUAUACGUGAAGGACACGAUCAACCGGCCAAGUUAAGGAGGAUUCGUACUAGAGUAGUUAGGUAUUUUCUAAAUUGUAUUGCCUUGGCAGCCAAGCCUCCUUGUACUAUAUAAUCCCAAUGGGAUCAAAUCAAUCUAAGUGCAAAAAUUAUAUU